AUGGAAGACAAACUGGCUGCUGUUGGGAACAGGCUUCUUCAGCCUCUGGAUUCUCUCGAUGAACUCCUGCCUUUGCUUGAUGUGGUCGUGGUGGUGACACUGCAUUUCUGGUUGUGCGAUGGUGGUGAGGUAUGGUGUGUUGGAUGUGGAGGUGGAGGUAGUGGUAGUGGUAGUGGUAGUGGUGGUGUGCUUGAUGUGGAGGUAGAGGUGGAGGUGGAGGUGAUGGUUGUUGAGCUAGUUCCAUAUGUAGAGGCAUGGUCAUGGCAAAAGGCCAUUGUGAAAGCGAGAAAAAUUGUGAGUACAAAGGAGGAAUAUUUUUCUGAUACACUAAUUAUUUUGCAACACCAGACAGUUUACACAUUGGGCACUGGCAAUUCAGAAGAAUUCUUAAAUUUUGAUAUAAAGAACGCUCCUUUCGAUUCGCAUCUAACAGAACGCGGUGGCGAAGUUACAUUCCAUGUGCCUGGUCAGCUUGUCUUUUUGUAUUUUGGAACUGACAUGUUAUCAAUCUCAAAUAUCACAAGAUGGAUCUUCAUUGGCACCUCGGGGCACUUGAAGAUGGUCAUUCGUGUUCUUUCUGCGACAGCUAUUGAUGCAUCACGAGUUGAUGGCGAAACUGGUGUUUGGGUUGAUAGUUCCAUGCGGGAUCGUCAAGUUGGAAGUAUAAAGGGACUGUUAAGAGAAACUGUGUCGUCUAACGGAAAUAGAGCAGCAAAUAUUGAUCACACUGAUGACUGCAAGUUGAUUGAUGCUGCUUAUAAAUCAUUAAUUAGACCAGUUUACACAUUGGGCACUGAUAGUUCAGAAGAAUUCUUAAAUUUUGAUAUAAAGAACGCUCCUUUCGAUUCGCAUCGAACAGAACGCGGUGGCGAAGUUACAUUCCAUGUGCCUGGUCAGCUAGUUAUGUACCCCAUUAUCAAUCUCAAAUAUCACAAGAUGGAUCUUCAUUGGUACCUCAGGGCACUUGAGAGGUUAUGUAGCUUUUCAAGAAGAUUUGUUAAUUUUCUCCUGUCUUUGAUGUUUUCAUUGGAACUAAUAUGGGAUCUUAACACCUUCAGGAGACAAGAAAUUAGCAGCCUUUGGUAUAAAAGUAUCACAAUGGGUAACAUUUCAUGGAUUGGCACUGAAUGUCACCACAGAUAUUGCACCCUUUCAUCAGAUAGUUCCAUGCGUGAUCCCGGGUCGUCAAGUUGGAAGAAUAAAGGACUGUUAAGAGAAACUCUGUCGUCUAACGGGCAUAGAGCAGCAAAUAUUGAUCACGCUGAUGACAGCAAGUUGAUUGAUACUGCUUAUAAAUCAUUAAUUAGAGAGUUUUGUGAUGUUUUCCAACUUGAUCUGCAGCCUAAGUUUGUACCAUCCAGAUGGAAUACCUUUUAA